AUGUUCACGACAGCAGCUCAACUUCUUGAUCUAACGGACAAGAAGCUUAUGGUGGCUCUACGUGAUGGACGGAAGUUGAUUGGUAUACUGCGAAGUUGGGACCAAUUCGCAAACUUGGUUCUCCAGUCUACAGUCGAGCGGAUAUUUGUCCCGCCUGGAGCUAAUCCGCCUAUGGGAUCUGGCGAGUCACAGAAGCGUGGACUUUACGCAGACAUCCCUCGAGGAAUGUUCCUGGUCAGAGGCGAGAAUGUCCUUCUGUUAGGAGAGAUUGAUCUGGACAGGGAUGAUGACCCGCCUCCGGGCUACGACAAGGCUGAUGCCGAGCUAGUCGAGUCUCUAGCAAAACAGAAAAAGGCAGAAGAUAAAAUCAAGGAAAAGUCGCGACUAAGAAAGCUGAGCACACUCGGUUUUGAAGGGGAGAACAUGGGUGAGAUAAUGCUAUGA